CCCGGGGGCUGCUCAGCACUGGAGGAAACCAGGGUCCUGCUGCCCGGCCAAGGGGACGGAGAGAGGGUCCGCAGAUCAGAGCAGUGGGAUGAGGAUGUCCAGGUUCCUGAGCAAACUGUCGCCGAAAGCAGCAGGUGGCUUCCGAAGAGUCCGCUGCUUAGUGUCCCCUCCUGCUGGGAAUCCCCCGACACUCAGGCCACAGGACGCCACUAAGAGGCUGCGGAGAUGCUUCCGGAAACUGUGUCCCUUCCGCCGGGACUCAGGACGCGCAGCCGCCAUGCAGGUGGAUCUGGUGGAGGAAGAAAGACAGAAAUAUGUUGGAUCGAACCUGGUGCUAAGGUCCAGGCGACUGUUCCAGAGGGUCUCUGUCUCAAGGCCAGCCACACACACCCGGAAGGUAGCAGAUAAAAAGGGAAACAAGAAAUAUGCAUUCUGGAGAGGAAAGUCCAGGAGGAAACCAGCCGAAAGAAGCAGAGGGACAUCAAGGCAGAGCGUAGAGCAGCUGCAGGGCCAGGUGGACGGCCUAAUCGACGCCGUGGUGGACAGCUCCACACGCCUGAUAGCGCGGCGCCAGUCAGAGCUGGAGCAGUGCCAGGAAGUGGGCGGGGAGAUUCUGCAGAGCAGCAGCCAGUUCCAGAGGGUCUCUAGAAAGGCAGUGCACAGACACCACUGGAGGAACACAAGCGCCAUCUGCUGGUGCUGCUAGGAGACAAGAACACGUCUCAGGCUCCGGAGCACCUCCACGUUUCAUUUCAUUUAGCUUUAGUUUCACAUACAUAAUAGCAGUUUGAAAACAGCUAAAACACCUGCAUAGAACAGCCCAGUAGAGACACGCUGCAGCAGCAAACAUCCCAGACACAUUCAGGCUUUAAUACGGGGCUUGGCGACCAAAACAAAAAUCAUCGUUAAAAAUGAUGCAUGAGCGUUAAAAAAGGUAGGUUACCUAUUCGGUGAACUAUUUUUGGUUCUAUCAGCCCAUCAGUCUGCUCUUAAGGCUUGCAGUGUUUGAAAAUACAAUGUGCUUUCCUAUCAGAACAGUGUACUGCUCAAUUAUUAACAUUUCAGCAAGAAUGCCCUUGAUUACUAGCCCUCAGUCCCUUUUUAAACAUGUCCGAUGUAAAGAAUAAAAUGUAUCGUUUCAGUAUCAAUUAACA